GCUGCGCCGCGCUGGUCGGAUAGCGGGAGUUGUGUGUUGAGGGGUCGUGGUCGCUGUCAGCGCGCGGUGGGGAUAUGGUGGUCGGGAGCCAGCUGGAGAACGCCAACCCUCUGAUCUACCGGCGGAGCGGGGACCGGCAGGUGACGGCUCGGGAGGAGGAUGAAGACGUUCCCGACGGCAUCGAUGACAGGGAGAUCUUUGAUCUGAUCCGCUCGAUAAACGACCCCGAGCACCCGCUCAGUCUGGAGGAGCUGAACGUCGUGGAGGAGACGCGAGUGAAGGUAAACAAUGGCGAGGGCACCGUGUCUGUGGAAUUCACCCCCACCAUUCCGCACUGCAGCAUGGCCACGCUGAUCGGCCUGUCUAUCAAAGUGAAGCUUCUUCGCUCUCUGCCGGAAAGGUUUAAGGUGGACGUUCACAUAACCCCCGGAACGCACACCUCUGAACACGCAGUAAACAAGCAGCUGGCGGACAAGGAACGCGUGGCGGCUGCCCUGGAGAACUCGCAUCUGCUGGAAGUCGUCAAUCAGUGUUUGUCGGCGAGGCCUUAGACCCCGGCUGCCGGACUGCUUAUACCGGGGGGCCUCUGACCACCCGUCUACAGGAACGAGCUGCUGUAAUUUCAAUCUGUGCAUUGCUUCUAUAUCCUAAAGAAGUGUGGCCCCCGCUCCCUAUCUGAUAGCUAUAUAGUGAAUUUUAUUCAUAAACUUCGAUUGCCUGAUCCCGGGCUGACCUCUCCCGCGGGCGGCCCCUUCUGUCAUGUUGGAUGUAUAGAGGGUAUGAUUUAUACCUUUAGAGAAGGCGGCAGCGACGUAGGAAUAGCACUGGUUUGUCCUCACAAUGUCUUAAACUCGCAGGGGUUGGCCCUUCGUAAUUGUGAAGUCGGUGAGAUGAAACUGCAGCUCUCCUGCCAGCUCCCUGUUUGGUGAAUAAAAGCAAUUCGAAGAAUGGUACAGUGCAGCAUACACUGCCGGGUUCAGCUGUACCGAAUGUCCUCCUUGUCUAUGAUGGGGGUCCCUGUCUUGCCGACCCAAACUACUUUGUGUGUAUUCACAAUAAUAAAGUGCUCUGCCCUGUGAGCUGAAUACAGUA